UCUACAUCCGUUGACCGUGCGCCCAUUCAUUUGAAUAGAAGUUGCCUGUCUCUGGUAACUGUAACUUUAGGGGAAAAACAUGCAGUAUUUGAAGAACGUCGGAGCUAAACAACACUGAUUAUUUUAUAAUCAAUAUAGGAGAGCAAUGGGAUAUUUUGUUGUACAAAAUGCCUCGGUCGUUGGUUGAAAAAACCCUGAUAGUUAAGAGUUAAAUCUCUUGUACUCGACAAGAACCCGGAAAUGCUUGGCAUGUAGGAGGACUGAAGCUGACAGUUUGUUAAUUUCGUCGGUCAUUGAUCGAAAAGGAGGUCCUUGCAUAAAGGCAAAAUGCCUGAUCUUUGGCAAGAUGCGAUGGACCAUGCUGUGACUGUGGCCAGGAAGGCAGGAGAGAUUGUGAGGGAUGCUUUGCAAAAUGACCUGAAGAUCAUGUGUAAAAGUUCCUCUGUUGAUCUGGUCACUAAAACAGACCAGAAUGUGGAGCAACUCAUUAUUACAUCAGUAAAGGAGAAGUUUCCUACACACAGUUUCAUUGGUGAAGAGUCAGUGGCUGCAGGAGAGCCUUGUGUUUUGACUGACAACCCAACAUGGAUUAUUGACCCUGUGGAUGGGACCACUAACUUUGUGCAUGGAUAUCCAUUUGUUGCUAUAUGCAUUGGCUUCGCUGUCAAAAAAACGUUAGAGUUUGGUGUGGUGUAUAGCUGCAUAGAAGAUAAGAUGUACACAGCUCGAAAAGGGCAGGGUGCAUUUUGCAAUGGACAACCCCUACAAGUAUCAGACCAAAAAGAGAUCAACCAGUCAAUCAUCGCCACAGAAUUUGGCUCCAAUAGAGAUCCUGAUGUCGUUGACAAGAUUUUCUCUAGUAUGAGGAAGAUCUUGUGUCUGCCAGUCCAUGGGAUGCGAGGUGCAGGAUCUGCUGCCCUCAACAUGUGCCUGGUGGCAUCUGGUUGUGUUGAGGCCUAUUAUGAGAUUGGCAUUCACUGUUGGGAUGUUGCAGCUGCAGCAGUCAUAGUCUCAGAGGCAGGAGGAGUUCUUAUGGAUGUUGAAGGUGGACCAAUGGACCUGAUGUCUAGAAGAGUUGUUGCAGCUAAUAACAAAACAAUUGCAGAGAGAAUCAUUACAGAGAUUGAGGCAUUUUCAGCUGUAAGAGAUGAUGCACCUGUAGACCUUUUAAAGUGAAGCUCGUAUAUUAAUAUAGUUUAGUUACUAAUACAUUUUAAAUUCAGUUGCAUUUUAUGGCAUCUUUUGUAUUUGUGUAAUCACUGUCUCACAAUGUUGAAAAAAGGUAUUAAAUUAUAAUGCAGCUAUGUAUAAAGAGGACAUGAUUGAUUAUAAAUUUGGUUGUGUUUACCUAUUGUA